AACGUAAUGCGUUGCGAAAUGCACGCCGCCGAAGUGGAGAAGUGUUGGGCCUGCGGGAUAAGUCAGUCACCGGUGAUCAGUACAGAGUUCAGCAACCAUCCAGCCACUUUCACAUGGUUCAGUAGACUUUUUCAGUGAUUUCAGACAAACGGUUUUCGCGCGCCUUGUUUGACUGCACGCAACUCAUUGUGGAAUCAAGCACUCAUGGAUUGAUACAUAAAGUCCGGUUGAAAACUGGAGCAAAAAUGCUUCUCGUGAAACUUUUCGCUCGUUGAAGAGAACCAGUGAAUUCAGCAGGAGACAUCGAGAGUGCUUUUCGGCAAUAGUGAGUGACUUUCCAGUCGCAAAAAUGUCCACCACUUCAAUAAAGUUGUUCAAUCAUUUCAAGAGUGGAACAUGGAUUAUCUACCUGCGCCAAAUGGGCGCUCAGCUAGGUGCCCGACAGCAAAUAAUUUGGAUAAAUGUUGUCCUGAUAACACUAUGGCACUUACUGGCCGUCUACACCGCUGUCAUAUUAGUUCCUCGCAUGCAAAUUAUUACAAUUUUAUGGGGUUAUUUUGUUGGAAUAGUAGGUGGUUUUGGAGUGACAGCGGGGGCCCACAGACUAUGGGCGCACAGGGCAUACAAAGCCAAAUUGCCACUGCAGCUAAUCCUUCUCAUGUGCUACUCCACAGCCGGACAGAACUCGGUAUUCGACUGGGUUCGAGACCACAGAGUUCAUCACAAAUUCAGUGAGACGGACGCCGACCCUCACAACGCAAAGAGGGGCUUCUUCUUCGCCCACGUUGGAUGGCUCAUGCAAAGGAAGCACCCAGAAGUGUUGAAAAAAGGUGCUCUCAUUGAUAUGUCAGACAUAACUGGAGAUCCUAUUCUGGCAUUUCACACAAAAUAUUUCAACUACUUCAAGCUCUUUUUUUGCUUCAUAUUCCCGGUACUUGUUCCUUACAUUGUACUGAAGGAGCCAUUCUAUCACUGUUUCAUGGGAAUCUGCUUUAUAAGAUACAUCCUAGGACUAAAUUUCACAUGGUCAGUGAAUAGUGCAGCUCACAUUUGGGGCAACAAACCUUAUGACAAAAGAAUAAACCCAGCCGAAAACCUGACCGUCUCGAUCCUGGCGAUGGGCGAGGGCUGGCACAACUACCACCACGUGUUCCCAUGGGACUACAGGGCGGCCGAGCUGGGUCACUACCUGUUCAACUCGACCACCGUCAUCAUCGACCUCUUCGCCAAGAUCGGCUGGGCCUACGACCUCAAGAGUCCUUCGCCCGAACUCGUGCAAAAGAUCUCCAAAAAGUACGGCGACGGAACUGAACCUUACCUGGGACGAUCACCUUCCCAUCACGAUCACCCCGAAGAGGUUCCACAUCCUGAUCACACUGUCGCCUCCAACUAGUUGACGGUGAACGGUUGUCACCAAUCAGUUUUUCAACUAAACUGUCUACAAUCAGUAAUUCAACUUGUUGAAUCGUUGACUUGUCUACAUAGCAAUCGAUUUCGUGAACUUGUGGUCUCAAUUUGGAACAUUGUCAGUGAUUUUAUAAACGAUGAGAAGACACUACCAACCCUCGAAAUUGAAACUAUUCACCAUACUAAGCUUUGAAAGAGGCUAUUGUCGAUAUAUUCAUGAAAAAUGUUAUGAUAAUUUAGGUCCUACCGUUUUUCUAUUCGCGUAGGUAGGUAGAUAGAAUUUAGUACAUGGAAUUCCUAGAAGAAAUUGAGUAAUUUUUAUUUAUGAAUUUAAAAUUCAUUGCACUAUUCUGCCAUUUUAGAAUUUAGACACAAGGUUUCCUUAUAUUAAAAAAUAAAUAUAAUUCUAAACUAUCAAAACGAAAUACCUGUUAGAUGUGGUGCAAUAAAUGAUUUAAUGGUUUCAAAUUUCCCUAAAGUGAUACCGCAUUGGCGUAUUGGAAAGACGAUAUUAAGUAUUUUAAUAUUUAUAUUUCUGCAGCUAUAAUAAAUCUGAAAGAAUAAGUUCUAAUUCUUGGAAGUGCUAAUAUGAAAAAGUCCUAGAAUGUGAUAAAUUCUGUAAUAUAGAAUCAUCAAAAAGACCAUCAACCUAGAUGAUGUAACUUUUUAGGUUUCAUUUGCCUGGCUUAUUGAUCACUCUAUAAAAGAAUUACAUGGAAAAUCAUUGUUUUCUUGUUCAAAUGAUUUGAAAGUUAGAAAAACUAAUAUUUACUUCAAAUAUGACAGCUAGUAGACGAAACAUCAGUUGAGAUCCUAUUUCUGAUCAACCAGCAACAGUAACAAUAUAAGCGAUGAGAGUUUGUGCAAGUAGCUACUAGAAAAUUUCAAAUAGGAAACUCACGGUAUAAUUUGAUGAUUUGAAAAACAGCUAAGUUGACUGAGGCGUUGCAACCUUCUGUCUGCUGGCGCUGCCUGGUCGUGGGUCCGAAUCCCGCCGGUAGGCAGGUUGUGUUGGCGGUUGUUUAAUCACCUCAUCAUCAUUUCAUCCAUUGUUCAUAAGCGUAAAGCUUAUGUGGGUAUAAUCCGAAAUAAAAGACACAUCGUCGAUGAGCCAAUUAGUCACUGGAAAACAGAAAAAUAAUUCUAUUAUGAAUGAGCAGAACCACAUUUGAAAGUACCGUAUUGUAAAUAAUUUAUUGAAUAGACUUCACACACAAAAAUAUGAAAUGCAUUAAUGGAUGAAAGAAUUCAUUGAACAAGCAGAUAAAUACAUAAUUAUAAUAUCCUGUCAUUAUUUUACUACAAGCAAUUCUCGAUAUGUUCGCCUCUUCGAUAUAACUUAUGGUUAUCAAAAAUUUCAAUAACACAAAAAUAGUCAGAUAGAUUAAAUCCACCCGUUACGCCUAAGGCCAGUUCACCAGACGAAAUACCAGUAGUUGUUGAAUUAUAACUCAGAUUACCCAGAACGGUUACCUAGUUUAAUUACCUAUCUGUUAAAGCUCAAUGCAAGAAAUUAAUAUUUUAAGCUUAAAAUAAGAUACCUACAUUACACAACAUUUGUUAUUGUAAGAAGGUCCAUGCCAGUAUAACAGCACUAAGAAUGUAAAUCAAUAUUUAGAAAAGAAGAUUACAUCAAGUUUCAAUAAAUUCUAUGGUAAACUUCCACAAAUAUAUUGUUCUUGGCGUACUAAUGUUGGUACACUGUAAUAUAUAUUUAUGAUUAACUCUUUGAUAAUAAUGAACUUAAACGUGACAUGGUUUCAAUAACAUUUUAAAACUUCACUACCAACUGGUUAGAAAUGAAGUACGAUUCACUCGUAUUUAUUGAUUAGAUUUUUAAUUGUUUUUACGGAUCAAAUCAUUUAAAUGUUUAAUAUCCAUGCAUUUUUUAUGAAGAGUUCAUACAGAAGGUUCUAUUAUUUAUAUGAAUCUGUAGUAGAAUGUAAGGGUCGCUUUUUGUGCCAAAAUACUGCUGCUUUUCUGAGACAUUUACAGGCUAAAAUGUCUAAAUUAUCAAAAUAUUGAUAAUAUUUCGUGAUGUGAUUAUUUGAAUUAGUGAAUACGUUUAUUAUAGGAUAAAUUUAUAGAUAUAGUUUGGUAUUGUAUUUAACAAUUAUAAGAUUCCUAUCAUUAUGAUGUGCACAUUAUUUAUAAACUGUAAUUUAUAUACUAAAUUCAAGUCACCGUAGAAUUAUGAAUGAUUAUUUGAAUAGAACUAUUUUUAUUAGAAAAAUUAUGAUUUCAUUGGA